GGAGACUAGGAGGGACUGUCUGGAAUACGUCUCAAAAAGAAGAAAAAAGGGACUGUCCGGCAGAGGAGGGAUUCCUCCAACAGAGGAGACCGGCGAGAAGGGAAGAAGCGAAAUCCCCUUCCGUGGAUUACAUAUUAGGGUUUGGGUUCGGCGAUGAUCUCGAUUGCCGGUGGAGAUGCUGCACGGGAGGACCCCCGUUCAAUUCGAUCCAGAGUUCGGCUCCGGCGCUGGUGACAGUGAUGAAGGGCCGUCUUUCACACCGUCCUCUGCGCGUGCUACGGUCUGGCCGCCAUCGGAUUCAUCACACGAGCUCGCGGACCAGGAGGAUUACAGAGUCAGCGAGGAGGAUUUCUGUGAGCACCUCAGUGUUUUGUCCAGCAGGCCUCGUCCUACAACCAUCGUCGGGCCCAGGAUGGACAGUGAACAGCAGCGCAAGGUCUACGAGCGCCUUGCGCUCUACCGCAUCAGAGCAUCCAAGAUGACACAGGGAGUGUCCAUGGACGAGCUGGAUGACAUGACUCUGAGAAAGGAAUGCCUCCCGGAAGCUCUUGAGGAGAUGUAUUACUUCAGUGACUACGACCAUGAUGACACCAUUGAUUGGUACUUCGACCCUGACCACUCGGUCCACUCCUACUUGAGCGACUACCACCGCCUUGUCCUUAAAAAUGGAGAUGGCACGAGGUACCUUGACUGGGAGAAGUACUGCUCAUGGUUUACUACCUACGAAACAGAUGAAGAGUAUCUCAAGUACUUUGAAGAAAUAUCAAAGAAGAUCAAGUGGAUUAAACGUUACAUGGAAUUUGAACGAGGAUCUCCUGAGUGGAUAGAGAUGGAAGCUAGAGGAUUUCGGCAAGCAGUGGAGAUCGCGGUAGACUUUCCCCACAUGAGCUUUGAUUUAGCUUCUACUGCAUACACGGAUCAUAUUUUUAACACGAGAUUUGAUUAUUUUGACCGUGAAGAAAUUGAUCCUCUUGUUUUUGAGAUUUGGAAGCGUGUCACUAAGCAAAAGAUUACAUUCAGACAGGCUCUGGAACAAAUCCAGCAAGAGAACAUGUUCCCUCGACAGGAGAAGUGUAUACAAUUUGUACUGGAUAAUACUAGUAUCUAUACUCGUUUGCAAUCAACUUUCGAUACUUGCGUGGAAGACAUCUCCGAUGAGACUCCAGAGGAUGAAGGCCGUAGGUUAAUUACAAUGGCGGUUUGGAGCAAGCUUCACAAAGAGAAGACAUGGAAUGAGUAUAUUAUGAGGAAGGUAGAGAUUGCUAAACACAUUGGGUUGGAUCUCCAAGUAUGUAUCCAUCUUGCAUAUCCUCGAAAUUUCCUGUGACUGUACAUGUUUAUUCGUCUUAAAGAAAACCGAUGCCUCGUUCACCUUGCAGGCUACAUGUAUCCGAAUUUAAGACCCAGAAGGAUGUGGACUGUUGUUGUCGAACAAAAUAUCGUUCGUUGCUCACUUGGAUGCAAAUUAAGAUGUAUCCGUGUAGUAUAUGCUGAUAGUGCAUUGAGUUGGAACGCGGUGAUUCGGUGCCCAGAUGCACCUGGGCAUGGACAGUAAAUUCAAACUUUGAAAAGGAACACUGUUUGGACCCAAUUUUGUAUUUUUGCCUAGAGGUCCGCAAAUUUCCAAAUACCACGAAACUUUGCACGCUCCUUGUGCAGUUGAGCA